AUGCCGGCCACAUCUGGCAAAUCAUUUCUUUUCAUUGACUCGAAUCCAAACGAUGUCGACCAACGAGAACAAGAACUGCGACAAUCCAAAGCCAGGUCACACGCAGCAUCCGCCAGCCACCGCCUGAGAUCAAAUCUUCUCCGAGCAGAGAGAGCACGUCAGAAGACCUCGACAUCAUCAACACCAGCUUCACUACAAUCGCUCGCACCAAACACCACAGUCACAAGUGAGAGCCUCAAAGGGCUUGAUCGAACUCCACUCGAAACACCAGCAUCCGUCCAGGAGAUCGCCGUCUUCUCUCGAUGGCGGCUACGUGGAGCGCCCAAGAGACGUGAGCCUACAGGGAAGAAGGCGCCGGUCAGAGAACACCCUACAGGUAAUGAUACUCGAGAGAUUGGCCACCUUGGGCUGUUGCCGUUGCCGUUGCCAUACAAGGGCAAUUGUGAUCCUUUUAGCUCUGCCGGUAUCCCCGUGACUGCGCAUCAAUACAGUCUCAUCAAACUAUCCCGAUCGGAAUCUGUCGCAACAAUAUGGGCCUCCGAGCUGAGUAUGCGCUCGCGGAAUGGUGAACUGAUGGACGACCUGUGUCAAUCCCUCGGCACCUUGUGCAAUGACCCUGCGGUGGUACACGCGAACCUCGCCCUCGGCUACAUAACCAAAGCAGCAUGCCAGGGCAAGUUCGAAGCGAAUGACUUUCUGGCGAUCAAGAGACAAAAGAGUCAGGCCUUACGUUCCUUGCGGGAGCUGGUGGACAAGCAAUGCGAAUCCGGCUCGCAAGACAAACUGUUGGCAAUCAAGGACGCCACGCAGUUGAUCGGCGCAUGCGAAAUAUUCUUGGGCGACAGUAACACCGCAGUCAUCCACGCCACUGCCACUGCGAGAGUCAUCGGCUUGAUGGGCGGGUUCCAAAGCUUGUCAGCGCACGAAGUGGAACUCUUUGUGCACUCUGUCAUCGGUCUGGCGACCAAGUUGAAUGCGCGCCCGAUAGUAAGUCCAGAGACCUGGGAUCCCGGACCAUGGCACAGCUACAAGUCAAAAGGGACUACUAGAAAGCAACAGCAGUGGACUCAAAACGCAGCUUCACCAUCGUCUACGGGAAGCUCUCCACAAUCAUCCUGGUCCGUUGAUAAUGCAGGUUAUGCAACGCUGUAUGGUUACACCCCUGCGUCUCCUGGUGAUUCGUCCGCUCGCCAAUCUGCAAGGCCGACAACUGUUUGUCCACAGCUGAGCAAUAUCCUCGAGGAGAUGAGAGAACUGCUGGCCGUCGAAGAGAUCAAGAUACGAAGUACCCCGUUCGCAUCCGAUGAUGCCGUCGCAAGAGAAAGCCUUGUCCACAUGUUCCGCUGGUCGCAUCUACGCACGACAGCCAUCCGCGGGCGUGGGAUAAAUCACUGGUGCGAUCUUCUUCUCGAGGCGAAUCUGGCAGCGAGCCAAACCCAGACCCACACCCACACCCAGGACCCGGCGUCUCCGGAAUCUGCUGUCGUUCCGUCGCCGAGCAGCUUCGAUAUAUGCCUCUGCUGGGCAAUGAGGCUCCUGGACAGGUGCAUACUCCACGAACCGUACCUGAAGACCAACAUCUUCCGACAGACUCAGGCUUACUAUCAGAUGCUUCUCAGCAGCGUCGAAACACUGCGGCCGGAAUAUGAUGUCCGCCGUGGCCCUUACGACAGCAGAAGCUACGACAUGCUGUGGGUCUACUCGGUCGGAGCGCAUACGGAAAUCGCAUUCCUGCAGGGCAAAGGUCAGCCCUCGGUGAAUCCCCAGCAAUACUUCAAGGGCCGCUUCGGUCGUUUGGCUAUCUCCCUUGGUUUCACGGAUUUCUGGCAGAUCGCACGAUUCCUUGAAGAAAAUUAUCUGUAUUGCCCACGAUACCAAGAUUUGACGUUACGUAAUUUGGUGGAUUUCGAUUCCCUGGCUUGA